CGGAGGAGCUGCAUUGAUCACAGUGAUUGAUUAUUAUUAUUAUUAUUUAUUUCUAAUACCGAUGUUAAAUGGUUGAUUAAACUGGAUAGAUUUUGAGACUUUGCCAUGAUGAAUAGGGCAGCUUUUGAAGCUGUACUGUUCCUUUCUUUCCUGGCAUUUACUGGUUGCUGGGCGUGUCAGACGGAUAGUGACUGUAAUGACAUACACAGUCCGGUAUGCAACACCGAGCACAACUACUGCGAACAACGGACCUGCACGAACGAAACUGACUGUGGACCACUAUACUACUGCAUCAUCUAUUCCGAUGACCCAAUCACUGGGCUACCGACGGGAUACUGCUACUUAAAGUCAUGUAUGAACGACACGGAGUGUGGAGAUGGUGUGAGCAUGUCGUGUCGCUAUGGGACAUGCAACUGUCGGCAGGGGUUCCGAUUUGACGGAACGGACUGUGUCAGCAGCCUAGGACUAGACUGUAACUACGACUAUGAAUGCUCGAGUUUUUACGACACCGCAACAUAUGUGUGGGGUACGAAGUACGUAUGCUUGGAAGGGGUCUGCUCGUGCAAUGAAGCAAUGUGGGCACCGGAUUUGGAUGAAUGCGUUCCAUAUUACGGAUUACCAUGUGCCGUCGACGCGGAGUGUGGCCACAAGUCUAACACCACAUGCAAUUUGGCGACUGGUUUCUGCGAUUGUCAAGCCGGUUACACAGCUAGGGACGGGAUCUGUGUCUGGGCUCUUGAGGCAACAUGUACACAGCCAAAUGACUGCCCGACGCCGUUUGAGUGCAGGAACGACACUUGUAGCUGUCCCGAGGGAAUGGCCAUCAAAUCUUUGAACGAUCCGACAUGUGCACAAGUACUGGACUCAUCGUGCAGAGACAUUCACAUGUGUGCGGAUCCUGACGACCAUGAAUACAUCAAGAGCUACUUUUUUGGGAUGUACCAAUCGGAUAGCAGCCUGUGGUUCGCGAAAAGAGCAUACUACUGCAAUGUGGAAAACAUGUGUAAAUGUGCUCCAGGGUACAUGAGAUCACCAAGCGGACUUGGUUGUCAACCCAUAUACGCCUCGGAAUGCACAACCAGCAGUAACUGUGUUGGUGACUCAGAUGUGCUGUCAAAGGCUUAUGACUGCGUCGGCGGAAAAUGCUCGUGCAAUGCACAGCAUCAGUUCAUUAGCGUGCACGACAAGUACAUGCAUUAUGGGACAGCCAGAACAUCGUAUGACUCACCGUUGGAAUACAUUUGUCAGCCAAUGAUUGGAAUGAGCUGUAUGUAUGAAAGCUACGCCCACCCCGACGCAGACUGUAGGGAAUACAUAGGUUACAACAACUAUGGAAGCGGAUAUACGUAUCUUACUUGCUACCGGGGAGUCGAGGAACAUGGCAACUGUUCAAACAUUCUGGGAUCUGAUUGCACAGAAUACAGAGAUGUAUGUAACUUAGUCGACAAUGCCAAAUGCUCCAUUGAUGCCACUUGUGAAUGCAAAGAGGGCUUCUAUACCCCGGAUUGGGAAACGGAUAUGUGCUAUGGAGUGCUGCAGACGUACUACUGUGAAAACGACUCCAACUGCACGGACAUUCUCCCAAACACUGAAUGUGUGGCCGGCAUGUGCAGUUGUCUUAAUGGAUAUACAGAGAUGAAUAAUGUCUGCAUAGAUGACGCUGAACUAGACGCCCCUUGUAAUGCGGCUGUUCCCGAUAUGCCCGAUAUCUACCGUCGAUCGCCGUCCUACCGCUUAUCACCGCGUGAAGACCCUGUCAAGGACGACCAGCUUAUAGGGGGAUGGUACAAUAUUGGUCCUUACUUGCCCACCCGAGGAACAGAAGCCCCAGAUAAAGGAAGUUGUGGAACUAUACACCCAGUGUAUUUGACAGAUUCGAUAUCAGCCACAGAACUAGAGGAUUUAAAUGCUGGACAGGAGAUAGCAAAAGCCGUAACAGUCGGAGGUUUGGGAGAUUAUGGGCAGGUCUCUGCAGAAGAAAUACGACUGCGGAAAUGUGAUAAUGAUUAUCACGCCUUCCUACCAUCGACACCGAUUGCAUUUUCGGCAUAUUGUAUCGAUACCUUUCGGCAUUCACACGCGGAGGGCAACUCAUCGGAGCUGAGCGUUGGUGUUAAACAGGAUCUUUCUUUUAGAACGGUGUUUGACGCUGAGCUUGGAUAUGACUUCUAUGAGCCGUAUCUUACGUUUAAAUGCAAAGUGUCAUGGAAAAAGGACAGCAACGACCAGUCGGAAUGUCCUGGUUGUUAUUUGAAUUCAAAUCUGAAUGACGGUUUAUUCUACACAAUUAUCUGGUACGUUAACGGUAGGUUCGUUAAACUCCAAGGACCAUUUCUGAGGUCUCAACUAAGCCAAGCAAAUAUUACUGAAGAGGCGAUUGUAAAUACAACUGGCGAGUCCCCUUCCGGAUACAAGGUGCAGUGUUCUGUUGAAUGGUCAGAAACUUUGGUUGGAAAGCGCUCCACUCCGACAUUCAGUUCUGCCACAUUGUAGGAUUCUACUCGUGGGUUGUUAAUGCCUCGUCCGAAGGGGCGUUUGCAGUAACACUGCAGACAACAACACCUAUUGGCUGCAGAACACCCGUGCAUGAAAAUUUCAACGAGUAUUGUCAAAUAUGGGUGCCCCUAGCAGAAGAUGGUA